GUCACAGUCGCUCGCUACAAUGCUAAGGUUCAUGCCACCCUUCCUCAGCAAUUAUCGCGAUUUUUAGAUGUCUACUCAUGAAACAGAGUUUUUCGUACGCAUUGGACGGUCUUCCAUGCAAGUAUGGGAAACUACAAGGCUAGAUAUCGACCCCGCUACCCCCUCAGACGGUUUUCGGAAGAGAGAAGAUGCACAGCGAUGGAUAGAGGACUAUUUAAGGAUUAAAAAAGAUGCUCAGAUCACCGCCGUGAGGCCCUCACUUUCAGCCCAAAUGCCCAGCUCAAACCUUGUGAACACAGAAGAACCGAAUUUGGACAACGAAGUGGAAACUAUGAUAUCUCUUGCAUCUCAUCAAAAUACAGGAUCGAUAGAUGUUUUCGAAACGAUAGCCACUUCUCAAGCCGGACCCACCUUGAUACCGGCUCCGGAACAACAAAUUGUUCUAUCUGCAGAACAGCAGCAUGUCCUUGAGAUUGUUGAACGAGGAGAAAGUGUGUUUUUCACUGGGCCUGCCGGGACCGGAAAGUCCGUUUUAUUGCGAGAAAUCGUCGCCACUCUACGGGCUUCGAAACCCGUUCCUGGGUCUGUAGCCAUCACGGCUCCCACUGGCAUUGCAGGGAUCAAUAUCGGCGGGUGCACUAUACAUUCCUUUGCCGGAGUACGGCUUGGUAAAGAGGAAGAACGUAUUCUGGCUCUACGAAUCGGAAGGUCUCCGAUUAUGUUACAGCGGUGGACUGAUCUGGAAACCUUGAUUAUUGACGAAGUUUCAAUGUUGGAGGGACGACUUUUUGACAAACUAGAAUGCAUUGCGCGUAUUGUUCGAGGGAACGAGGCACCUUUUGGCGGAGUUCAGUUGAUCUUAUCGGGCGACUUUUGCCAACUUCCCCCAGUGCCAGAUGAAAGUCACCAGCACCGGCUUGACUCUACUUUUUGUUUCGAUGCCAGAUCCUGGUCCUCUUGUAUUACCCAGCCCCCGGUAAGACUAACUCAAGUUUUCAGACAAAAAGAUCAACAAUUCGUCAAUAUACUAAGCGCAAUGAGGGUGGGUUCUCUGUCCGACGACCAGUGCGAGAUGUUAUCGCGUCUCUCGCGACCGCUUGUGUACUCAGAUGGUAUCGAGGCCACUGAACUUUAUCCUACCCGCGCAGAAGUCGAUGCUUGUAAUCAGCAACGUUUGAAAAAGCUAUCUGGUGCACCCCAUACUUACAUUGCUGUUGAUCGCGCCGGUUGUGAUGUUCGCGGCCGCCUCAUACCGAAGGAAGACGCAAUCAGGUUACUUGACAGGCUCUCUAUAGUACCUAGCAGCGUGACAUUCAAGGUCGGGGCACAAGUUAUGUUGAUCAAAAACAUUGCUCAGGGCAGCAUGGUCAAUGGAUCGACGGGAAAGGUCAUCGAAUUUAUCACGACGGCCGAGGCGUUGAAACGAGAGAUCCAGAUAUCGCUCCCAAACCGUGGAGAAAAGAGAGCACAAAAUGACAAGCAGAGGAAAGCUGACGAGAUAGCAGAGCGAAGAAGAUUAGACUCAUUGUAUAAAAUGGUACCAAUGAAUGGCGCUGUGUUUUCUAAAAACCAGCGGUUCCCAUUGGUACAAUUCACAAACGGGCUAAUACUGCUUUGUGCCCCCGUCGCUUUCUCAGUCGAAGGUUUCAUUGGAAACGUCGAGUGCGAACGACUGCAGGUUCCUCUAGUCCUAGCGUGGGCGAUGUCCAUUCACAAAAGUCAAGGGCAAACCCUUUCGCGCGUCAAAGUCAAUCUUUCAAGGAUUUUUGAAAAGGGACAAACUUAUGUGGCCAUUUCACGUGCCACCAGCAUGGAGCAACUUGAGAUUCAGAAUUUUAACCCGGUCAAGGUACAGGCACACCCACGAGUUCUGGCGUGGGAGGCUGAGUGGAUGCCGAAGCCUCUGGUAGCUGCUACUACAACCAUAUCCUCUGGCCCGCAAACGAGCACGGACGAACCGAUGUCCAACGUUUACGAAGCGGAUCGGGAGUAUGGGAAUAGCCUUCCAUCUCGACAACCUGAUUCCAAGGCAGACUACGAAAUGCUCUGGGAAGAAAUGGACUCUGAAGAUGCGAUCAACCUUUAUCAUGAUCGAUAGCUCUUGUCCGCAUAGUUACGACCAGAAUAUCUCACCAUACUAGUUUUUAUCUGGAGUCUUUAUAUAGGCUAUAUAUCUUUUUAGUAUUUACGAAGGACAGAAGUAAUGUAUCGAAUUUCAGGUUAUUCGUUUAGGUCUUC